AUGAUGGCAUUCUCCUGGGUCGUCAUGCGGCGCAGUCUCAGCAUCGGCCUGACUUCACGGCGUACAUUUUCCUCGCAAAGAAGGUUGACGUUGUCUUAUGACCUGCAUGAGCCCAGCAAGCGACCUGUCGGCGGGUCCUCCAACCCCAUCAUUUUUCUUCACGGUCUCUUCGGAUCCAAGAAGAACAACAGGAGUAGACCAGUGUAUGCCUUGGAUCUACGCAACCAUGGCGAAUCGCCUCACGCGAAGCAGCACGACUAUGUCCAUAUGGCGGACGACGUUGCUGCAUUCAUUGACCAGCAUGGACUGACGCUGCCCUCAGUCAUCGGCCACUCGAUGGGAGCCAAGGCUGCCAUGACCCUUGCUCUGAAGUCACCCGAACUCGUGCAAGAUAUCAUAGCGGUUGACAAUGCGCCUGUCGAUGCUGUCUUGGAGAGCUCAUUUAGCAAGUACAUCCAGGGUUUGAAGAGAAUUGAAGCAGCGAACAUCACGAAGCAGGCUGAAGCAGACGAAAUCCUGAAGGAUUACGAGGACUCUCUUCCUAUUCGCCAGUUUCUUCUGGGUAAUUUGUAUCGGCCAGAGGCUGGCAAGCCGCAGCAAAAGUUCCGGGUGCCCCUCGACAUCAUCAGUCGGUCCUUAAUCCACAUGGGAGAUUUCCCAUUCAAGGACCCGACGAAGACUCGCUUCGAAAAGCCUGCCCUAUUUGUUCGGGGAACCAAAAGCAAGUACGUGCCUGAUGACGUCCUGCCGACGGUUGGGCAAUUUUUCCCCAAGUUUCGACUAGUAGAUCUUGAUGCCGGGCACUGGUGCAUUUCGGAGAAACCUGAGGAGUUUCGUCAAGCGGUCGUUGAGUUCCUAAAGAACCAAGACUAA